AUGCCGCCAGGCCAUACGCCGCCUGCCAGUGCGAGUGAUAUCAGUGGGCAGGCACCGCUCUCAGGGCACACAGCUGCUAGUAAAGGACUGCGCGGAAAAGAUUUCCCGAUACUGCCCGUGGUGCUGCUGGACGAGCGCGGCCGCACGGUGACGUCAGAGCAGCUGGCGCAGCUCAUUGCUGACUGCGCUGAUGCGUCGCACCGCUCGCUGACAUUCGUGGUGGGGGGUCCUUACGGCCACGGGUCACAGGUGACAGCUCGGGCCAACAGCAGCAUUCGCCUGUCCUCGCUGGUGCUCAACCACGAGGUGGCACUUGUGGUGCUGGCAGAGCAGCUGUACCGGGCCAACAGCGGUGUGCGCCUCUCCUCUCUCCUCAACAGCAGCGGGGGGGGGGGGGGGGGGGGGGGGGGAGGGGGGGGGGGGGGGGUUGUGCGUAGGGAGAGGGGCGGGGUAGGAGGGGGGUGGAGCGUGUGUGUAUGUGAUGGAGCCGAUGGAGCCGACAGCAGCGUGCGUGCCUUGAUGCUCAUCACAUCACAGUUCCUCACUCCCCCUGGUGUGCUGUGCUGGCUGGCAGGGCAUGGACCAUUCUCAAGGGCGAGAAGUACCACCACUGACCAACACCCACCCACUCGUCCAACUGCUCCGCUGCUCACUCGAAGCCACUCCAGCACUGUCGGGCAGCUAAGGAUGUGGCCAUCACAGCAGGCAGGGAAGCGAGCAUGGGAGGCAUGUGGAGCAUACGGUAUGGUGGUGUAUGUUCUGCACACUGCUCCGCCGAACAAGCAAACUCACUGGGCUGCUUAA